UGGGAAAGAUUAAACAAAUUAAAACUUUUAUAAUUGUCAUUUAAUAUUAAUUAAUUUUGAAAAACAAUCCUUGUGCGCUGCAAAUUUGCCACCGGGCAUGGCGGCUUGUAUACAUAAACAAAGCCAACAAAACUAAAUGAUAAAAAUCAUUAAUUAAAAGAACAACCAAACUGCAGACUCAACUGCACAAAUGAGCCUGAUAGCGCUAUAGUCGCAUUGAUACAGGACAAUUAUGAACUGCAUACUUCUGACGAUAAGCUCAGAUAAACUCAACCAUGGAUCGGGCGAGCCUAUAUUUUAUGAGUAAGGAUGAUAAAAAUACGUUUGAUUUUGACGAGACUCUGCCGCCGUUGCCUCUGCCGGAACUAGAAGACACCUUGGAGAGGUACUAUGCCUGUAUUAAGCCAUUUGGAACGCCAGAUGAGUUGGCCCAGGCACGAAAGACCAUCGAGGAGUUCAAGAACGGUGUGGGUGCUCAGUUGCACCAGCAACUCAAGCAACGGGCGGCCACCAUGAAGAACUGGCUGGGAACCUGGUGGGAGGAUUAUGCCUACCACCUGACCCGGCUGCCCCUUCUUCCCUACCAACUGAUGUCAAUGGCGGCCCAGUUGGAGAUGGUGGGAGUGCCCGAGACUCCCGAGUAUAUGCUAAAGAGCUUAGCCCGGCACAUUCACCACACUCUGGAGUUCUGGGAUCUGACGCGAAAGUCUAGCAUUAAACCUCUAUCCUCUAAUGGGGGCAAGAUCAAGUACUCCUCGGCGUUGUACAAGCGCUUCUUCUCAACAUGCCGUGUUCCUGGAAUCGAGCAGGACCACAUUGAGAAACACUUCCUUACCAAAGACGAAGGCAAGACGCCAUCGCACAUUCUAAUUUCCGGCAAGGGGCGACAGUUCAUCUUCGACUGUGUCCACGAAGAUGAUACGAUUCUUACUGCACCUGAGAUUCUUGUGGUGAUGCAGCGUCUGCGGAGCAUCCUGGACUACGAGCCAGAAGGCGCCUGUGUCCCCACACUCAGCCACGACGAUCGAACUGCUUGGGCGCAUAAUCGCAACCGCUUGAGGGAGAUAUCGGAGGCCAAUAAGGAGACUUUGCUACUGGUGGAGAGCGCCAGCAUGGAGGUUUGCUGGUACGAGCAGUCGCCAAAGGACUACGAGGAGUCCUCGCAGCUGGGUCUCUUUGGGGACUUGCACUCCCGCUGGGCGGAUCGGAGCAGCAGCGUUAUUGCCUUUAGAAACGGAAAGUUCAACUGGACGGGAGAGCACAGCUGCUACGACGGUACGGUGAGCAUCAGCUAUGCCACCUUCAUGCAGCUCAGCCACAUGGAAGAGGCAGAGCCGGACUGGUCACAAGCUGAUGGCAGCAAAGUCGUGGAAAUCAAGGAGCUGCAGUUCCAGCUGGACGACAAGCUAAAGAGCGAGAUACAACGCGUCCGAAAGGAAAUCGAUGACAGGGGCAUUGAUGUAACAGUGACCUUUACGGUUUUCGAUGACUACGGCAAGGACUUUAUGAAAACCCACCGCCUGCAUCCGGACUCCUUUGCUCAGGUGGUCAUGCAGUGGGCCUACUACCAAAUGCACAAAGAAAUUGCUCCCACCUACGAGACCGCUCUGAUGCGUCAGUACUAUGAUGGGCGAACGGAGACCCUCCGCUCUUGCACUGCAGCAGUAGCUGAUUUCCUUAAGGCCUCAUCCAACAAGCAGGUGGGAGAAUUGGCUCUGGCCAGAGCUUUUCGAGCCGCUGUCGAUGAACACAAGCACUUCAUGAACGAGGCCCGAAAGGGACAUGGCAUAGACAGGCACCUCUUUGGCCUCUGGUGUGUGGCUUACGAAAACAAAAUGGAAAUUCCCGCCUUCUAUGACGAUCCUUUAUACACUAAGAGUGGUGGCGGUGGUAACUUUGUGCUCUCCACCAGCACUCUCGGCUUCACCGCCAACGUGGGCUAUGUGGCGCCCAUGCUGUUUGAUGGAUACGGUGUCUUCUACUCCAUAACAUCAGAAGCGAUCUUUAUCAAUACCACCGCAUACCGGGAUAGUAUUAAAACCAGUGCCCGUAAAUUCAACGACAUUUUCAAGGAUUCCUUCCGUCGCAUCAGCGUCCUCUUGGAGCAGUUGGCCAAGGAGUCUAAGCUCUAAGCUCUCUUUUAUUUUAAGAUUAAAAACUAUGCAUAUUUUCUACCCCAC